AUGAAAUUCGAUGAUUUUUUACAUACAAUUAAUGAUUUUGGUCGAUAUCAAAAAAUACGAUAUAUUUUUAUAUGUUUAACAUAUAUGCUGCCAGCUAUUAUGGUUUAUACAUGGUCAUUUACUGCUGCUAAACCAUCAUUUCGAUGUAAAUUAGCGGACAAUGAUACUAUUUUUAAUAGUGAUAUUCCAGAUUUAUUCAAUCAGAGUCAGCCGGAUGAAACAUAUUGUAAAGCAAAUAUGAAGAUAUCUGUUAAAGAGUGUCAACGAUGCUAUAGGAAAAUAAUAUCAGAAAUAGGAACAAUACAAAUUGAACCUUGUAAAGAAUUUGUUUUUGAUCGAAAAUAUUAUCAAGAUACACUAGUUGAAGAAUGGUUAAUGGUAUGUGAUCGAACUAUAUUUCGUUCAAUUGUGCAAAAUAUAUUUUUUAUUGUAACUGAAUUAGUUGGUCCGAAAAAUAAAUUUCUAACAGCAAUAAGUGCGAAAUAUUUUUUUGCUAUUGGUCAAUUAUUUCUGGUUGCUUUUGCUUAUUUCAUUCGUGAAUGGCGACGAUUAUCGUGGACUUUAUCUAUAUUUACUAUACCAUUUAUGUUCUUUCAUUUUAUAUUACCUGAAUCAGCCAGAUGGAUGAUGAGUAAAGAACAUUAUAAAAAAGCUGAGAAAUUACUUCGACAUAUUGCAAAGACAAAUAAGCGACCAUUCGAUGAAGAAGCAUUUAAACGACUGAAAAAUGAACAAGAAAAAAACAUACUUUGUCAAUCACAACAGAUUGGUGUUCUUGCUUUAUUUCAAACAAAAAUUAUGUUUAUUAUAUCAAUUAAUUUAUUUUUUCAAUGGUUUGUUCAAAAUUUAGUAUUUUAUGGAAUUUCACAAAGUACUGGUUCUUGGGGUUUUAAUCCUUAUUUAUCCUUUACAAUUUCGGCUCUUGUUGAAAUACUGUCUUGUAUGGCAAUACAUCCUUUACUUAAUCGAGUAGGACGAAAAUUGCCAUAUUUUAUUGCUGCACUUUGUUUUGCUAUUAUCGCAUUAUUAAUAAUACCGAUUCAAAAUUCAAUAUUGAAGAAUAGCCAACAACAACGAGUACUUACAUUUAUAUUGAAUGUAUUAUUAAAGUUUUUUGCAUCUGGUAGUUACAAUAUUAUUUAUAUUUAUGCAAAUGAAUUAUUUCCUACACGAAUAAGAAAUACUGGAAUGGGUAUUUGUUCAAUGGUUGCACGAAUUGGAGCAAUAGUUGGAACAACAAGUAACGAUAUGUUGACUCGUGUAUGGAUCAAUCUUCCUACAGUUAUAUAUGGACUUUUAUCUCUCUUAGCAGCUAUAUUUGCUCUAAUUUUACCAGAAACAUUGAAUAAGACAUUACCACAAACAGUUGAAGAUACCGAACAAAUGGGUUUAGCUUGCAUCCGUAUUCGUAGUGUUCGACGAACUUCAAACAUAGAAGAAGAACAAUUUAAUAAAAAAGAAAAUCCAAAUUCAAAUGGUACUCAUAUGUUGAAAUCAACAUGUGAAAGCAAUCGACAUAGUAAUGAACAUGAAAAUGGAAAAACAAAUAAUCAUUUGAUUGAUGCACAGCAAAUCACAUCAGCUUAA